AUGCUUGAGAUGUUUCCCAAUUCUAUUGUGGAAUGGUGCGACUGGUUUCAAUUACGCCCGCCUGCAAUUCCUUGCACGGCAGCGAAGCAUAAGUAUGAAGUACUCUUGUACCGUUGUCCGUGGCAAUUAUUUUCGCAACUUUGGGUGGAGCGAUCACGCGUACAGUCCUCUUCCGCCCGAUCAACAAGAUGGCCAGCAAUUUGA